AUGUUGAGUUUUGCAACGUUUCGAGCCAGCGGGACGGUGAAUUCCUUCGCCGCACUAACUAAGUCCGUGGCGCGCGGCCUCAACAAGUCCCUCCAGACGUUGACCGGCAAGGAUCUGUCCAUCCUCCGACCGCAGCAGAUCCUCGAAGAGGGGAAGCCGCUCGUGCUGAGUCCGGAGUCUCCGUUGGAGAGACCGCUCCUCACCAUCGCCCCGGAUGAAGAUGGGUUGCCCAUCAAGGCGAUGCUCGGGCUUCAACAUCUGCUGCACUACAGGAUUCAUGUGGAGCCAGAGCUCUGUCAUCCGCUGUGGAACGACGUCAAGAACUCCAUCAGGCGCUCCGGGAUGCAGUCGUCGUUGAUGAAGGGCGUGGUGAUGAGCCACAUCAACCACGGCCCAUACCAGAGCGGUGCCAACAUGCAGGUGAAGCUCGAGACGCUCACUAGUCUGGUGCACACGAUGAGCAGUGAGCGUUUCUACGACCUGCAGGAGAUGAUGGCGUGCGACCGCAGCUGCGAAGCGGAUGACCCGUGCAUGCCGCAGUCUCCGCUUGCGCUUCUCAGCGAACCGACUGUUCAGAAUCGAGGAAUCUUUGCGAAAUACAAAAGCUGGCUGCAGUCUUUGGUGGCUUUGCAUGUCCUCGACACGCAGUGGAGUCUGUCUGAGAUGAUCUUGGACGAAAUCGUCAGCAAGGGCGGCUUCGACAGUGGCCUGGACGGCUUGGAGCCUGGCGAGUCAAACGACGAGGCUGAUGGGGAGGCAGAUGAGCCGGCUGAAGAGCCAGUCAGGGCCGGCGGGCUUGAGAACCCUACAACGAAAGCUGAGAUGGAUGAACUGCGAAAGCACUUUCAGAAUUCUGUCCACCUGUGCCAGCACUUUUACGGCGAUCGUGAGUUGCAAAUCGACUUUCGCAUCUUGUACGAGGGCGGCAAGGAGAUCAUCGACGAGUUUGUCAAGGCCCUGGAGAUGCAGUCCGGGGGACAGGACAAUCUGCGGUCCAUGUGCAGGGUCUUCUACGACUCGGAGUUGCUGCAUUCUUUGGGAGUGAGCAAUACGAAGGGUGCAAGUUAUGUGCUCACACCUGAAGAGGUUGCUGAAAAGCCCUGGCUGUGUGACGAAUUGGACCGCAUGCAGCGGUAUUUCGAUUACACCAUGGAGAUCUGCAGUGCCCGCGCGUGGAGUCAGAUCCAGUUCGUCAUGCUUCUGCCUCACAACCUUUCCUUGGUGUACCACCCGAAUCACCAGCAGCGGGCUCCAGCGAUGCAGCACAUCAAGUCAAUUUGUGAAGCGACAUUGCAAGCAGAAGCCGUGGUGACGGGACAGGCAGAAAGUGCACUGGAUGCUGCGGCAAAGCGGGUGCUGCGAACCUGUCUCACAGACAUGGGGUGGAGCCAGACGCAAAUUGGACGUGAGUGCAUGGCGGUUCUGCGCGAGGCAAGAUAUGACCCAACGGACGACAAUUUGCGGCUCCAGGCCUUCCUGCUGCAUGCUCGGCCACAAAACACGAAGUUCCAUUUGGAGGAUACAUUUGCUGGCUUGGCAGAUGUCGUGAAGAGGAACAGCAAGAGCGCAGUGAUGACCAGGUGGACGAAGUAUUAUCAUGCUGCUCACAAUCCGACGCUCAAACCGCACGCCACGAAGUGGCCGUUGGUGCAGCCGACGGAGAGCGACGUUGCCAAUGCCACCGGCAAGCAUUAUGGUGCUCGCAAUUUCAAUGUGACAGCCAGUGUUCAGCCAGAAGAGUUCGUGACCGGCUUCACUGUGCAGAAGCUCAAGAAGCUUACGAAAAAGGCCGGCACAGCAUCGAACCAGCGCUCCGCAGCAGCAACUGCUCUCUUGACCACCCUGUGCAACUCGCCGGUGCCGGUGAAAUUUCGGCACAUCAGCACUGCUUGGGCAGGCUUGGCUGAUCAUUUGUCGGGGCAGCAGGUGGUGACCAAUCUGAUGCAAAUACUGUUAGAGUAUUAUGUCGUGGAUCCUGAGAAGAUUCCACCCACGCCAACCUGGAUUUUCCUGUCGUCGCUUGGUGCUGACAAUCCGUGGAAAGUUUUGCCCAUGGAGUUGUUGCAUCCCCUGGCAACUCCUCCACACUUGCAGCGCAAAGGGAUUCUGGCAGCAUUCCGAGUGACAGGCAAGCCAGAAGAUUUGGUGGCGGCGAGCAUCUGCAGCGGCAUUUUCUUGACCAAACAGCAACUGUUAAAUCUGAUGGAGCACGAGCGAAUCCCAAAGCCGCCCCGCGGCAGCGGGUCAGGCAAGCGAGGCAACCUGACAAAGCCUGACUUCGCUUCCAAGGUCGUGGAGCACUUCUACCCGACUGCUUCGGAUGCAGACAAAACGUUCAUGAUCGAUGCAAUCAUGGGUGGGCCCAAGUCCAAGCUCGAUUUGCCGUGCCCAGAAGAGGUUCUUCUGGCCAUGGAACACAUGGAUGAAGAGAACAGCAAGGAGUUCGAGCCGAUGCGGAAGCUUGCUUUGCAACAAACCAAAAUCAAUCAAGAUAAGAAGAAGAAGGCUGCACAGACAACGGCGAGGGGGAAAGCUGGCCAGGCCGAUGCCGAGGUGCCCGCAGCGCCUGAAGAGGAACCCGCCUUGCCGGCAGAUGUGGCGGCUGGUUCAUCGCAGGAUCCUGCCGCAGCGUCGAGGGCACCACCCGCGACAGUGACGGAGAGAAAGAAUUUCACUCCAGCAGAGUUGAAACCUCUGAUACCUGGAUCUCACCAAAAGGCCAGCCUUUCGGUCACGUGGGGUGGCGUCAAAAAGAACUUGUCGGAGGCCGAAGCGUUGAGGGAUGUGCUGGCCUUCCUUUGGAAUGCGCACGCCGACCGGAGACCCCAACACCGGCAGCAGACUCGGCCCACAUGGGAGCAGAUCCGCCGUGUCGUUGCCGACUUCGAUGCUCAAACUGGCAUCCUCGGCUCGACGAAGCGUGUUCGCACCGCUUGA